CGCUCUGCGCCUGCGCAGAGCGCGUUGCCUGACAGUGGUAAACAGACGUCAGAAGGGAGGCUUCGCCUCGAUCAAAACAAAACAAAACAAAACAAGUCAAAAAGAGAGUGAAGGAGCCAAUAUUUGGAGCCACACAACGACGGCAAGUUGUAGAAAAGUGUUCGCGGAUUAGAAGCGGCUACUUGAGGGAAGUUAUCGGAGGCUUUUGGCGGACUUUUCCACGGAUUGUAAACUCUGGAGUAGCAGCAGCUUAAGCGGCUAACGUUACGGAGGCUAUCGUGGUGUUUUCAAAGUGCGGCGAGUCGGAGCCGACAGACCUGCGGAGACCAGCUUCUCCCCGCACUCCGGGGACCCGGACACGGACUCGGUUACCGACGACACGGUCUGAGGAUCGGCUGAGCUCGGGGCCUCGGUCUGGAGGAGUUUUAUAAGCGUUUCUUCGAGCAUCGUGUGCCGCGGCAGGAGUGCGGAGAAACAUGGCAGAUGGUGACAUGCGCCUGGCCGCAAUGUGGCGGAUCGUGCAGACCUGAGACACGGACUUUUCUCACUACAUUUCCACCACCUCCACGCAUUAAUCACCCCUUAACACUAUUAAACAUUUUCUAAAACCGGGCCCUCAGUGCUCUUCGCUCGCUGGAAGUUUGUUUGGAUGUUUGUUUCCAGCGGCUCCAGCGUACAGGCCGAAGAGACGGCGGCCAGCGUCCCGAUCCUGCGCCGACACUUUGGGACAGUUGUUGAACAAACCCGCCGCUCGGACAAUCAGCUGCCGCAGCUCUGCUCCCGUUAAACCGCUCUGCUUUGUUACCGUUUGUGGGAUUUUACGAAUACUUUGUGCUGUUUUUUGUGUGGUGGAGAACUCAGACCUCACGUUGUUUACAAGCACAGACGGACAGCCUCUCCUCAGAGCUCCUUUGUAACAGUAGCCUGCUAAUCCCUCCACUGUCUCACCCUGUAGGUCGGUACGAAAUUAGUCACUUUUUUCUUAAAUUAUUCGCUUUUAACACACUUUUACGAUUGAGCAGAUAUUUAAAUUGAGAGUUUAUUAAGAGGAAUGGCUAUAUUUUGUCUCCAUUUACACUGAGGACUUCAUAAUUAAUUCCCAGGUGAGUCCAAACCUCUGUAUAUCCAGAUGUUUUGGUGCUCACUGCCGCUCUGCCACUUUUGUUUUUAUUUCAUUCAAACAAAGGGACUCUCAUCCCAGCCCUCCUUCCUUCUAUAUAAAUCGGAAGGUUUAUGAUAGUUACUAUUAAGGAGAUUAUUUGGGUUCCCUAAUCUCCAAUCUGAGGAUUAACCGAGGCUGCUGGUGUGUCCAGAUUAUUGCGUCUCUUUCUCGGCCCCUCAGUUGACACCCCGCAGUGGUUCCAGCACUGCUGUUGUUGUUGUUGUUGUGGUCAGAGAGUUUUUAGCGCCCAGAGUCACCUUUAAACUUUAAAGGUAGAUGUUUUAGGGGGAACCAGCUUUCUGUGCGGUUGAGAGGACGUCCAGAGGAGCCAUGGAGGAGUCGUCGGUGCCCCCGAUCGACCCAGACUUCGAGCCGCAGAGCAGACCUCGCUCCUGCACGUGGCCGCUGCCGAGGCCCGAUAUCUCGGCUGUCAAACCGGAGGGGGCGGACGGCACCGAGUCCGCCGCCGGGACCCCGCCCGCCGACGAGGACAAGCCUGAGCCACAGCAAAUCACGUCCGAGCCCGAGAAAGCGGCGGCAGCGGGCGAGGGCGGGGUCGUGGCCGGCGUGGGAGGAGCCGGAGCGACGCCCCGCAAAGGAUCCUCCCGACGCAACGCGUGGGGGAACCAGAGCUACGCAGACCUGAUCAGCCAGGCCAUAGAGAACUCCCCUGAGAAGAGGCUGACCCUUGCCCAGAUCUACGAGUGGAUGGUGAAGACCGUGCCUUACUUCAGGGACAAAGGAGACAGCAACAGCUCAGCCGGCUGGAAGAAUUCAAUUCGGCACAACUUAUCACUCCACAACAAGUUCUUGAGGGUACACAAUGAAUCGACAGGAAAGAGCUCCUGGUGGAUGCUCAACCCAGAAGGGGGGAAGACUGGAAAGGCUCCUCGCCGCCGCGCCGCCUCCAUGGACAACAGCAGCAAACUGCUGAAGAGCCGCAUGAGGGCCAAGCAGACCAAGAAGCAGGCAGGAGCAGCUGGCCUGGGAGGUGCUGGAGGGGUGCUGCAGGGUGACGGCAGCACGGGGUCAGCGGGCGCAGACAGCCCUAAUUCAUCCCAGCAGUUCUCUAAAUGGGGCGUCAACAGCAGCAGCCCCUCGUCUCGUGGCAGCCUGGAUGACACCGACAUGUGGACCACUUUCCGCCCACGCACAAGCUCUAACGCCAGCACCCUGAGCGGACGCCUGUCCCCCAUCGCUCCCGGCCAGGAGGACGACGACAACCUGCCCGAGGACGGACUGCUAGGAAGAUACGCCGCCAGCAGCUUGACCCCCACCCUCACCGAAACCCUGAUGGAGGAGCUGGAUCUGAUUGACGGCCUCACUUUGAUGACCGGGCAGCAGGGAGGAGCCAGCCCCAGCACAGCUCCACCAGCACCUCCCACUCCGCUGCCCUCUGCCUCCACCCUGCUGCCUCGAGGCUCCAGCUUCCCCUCCUUCCACCAGCUGCAGUCAUCCAGCCUCCCACAGGCCUCCACCCACGCUGGGACCCAGGCCUCCGUCUCCCAGUGUGGACCCAGCAGCAAAGAGCCGUCGACCUUCAGCAACUCCCUCUUCAACUCCAUGUCCAGCUCCGGCUCUCGUGGCAGCGGCCAUUACAGCACCCACGUCCCCUCCAGCCUGGAGGCGCUGCUCACCUCCGACUCUCCUCCUCCCACUGAUGUCCUGAUGACCCAGGUGGACCCCCUUAUGCCCAAUCCUGGAGGGGCGGGCCUGAUGGGUUUGGGCUCAUCAGUGGUGGGUGUGAGGCCCAAACCCAACCAGCUGCUGUUGGGUAAAGGGCUGGAGCCGAACCCUGUGGCCCCCAUCGGGCUGCAGGCUCAGAUGCAGCCGCAGCAGCAGCAUCACCUCCACCACCAGCAGCAGCAGCAGCAGCAGCAGCAGCACCAGCACCAGCAUCACUCUCAGAUGGGGUUGGGGAUGAUCCUCUCAGUUAUGUCUCAGGACCCGUCGCAGCUCUCCACUCUCAAAGCCCAGCACGCCUCGGUGCCAGCAGGGGGCUCCCACCACGGAGGCGCCGCUGCUGCCAAUCCCACCGCAAACAUGCAGGGGAUGAGUCAGUUCGGAGCUCCGUCCUGCUUCCCCAGCGGUCAGGACCGACUGCCCACUGACUUGGACAUAGACAUGUUCACCGAAAACCUGGAUUGUGAUGUGGAAUACAUAAUCAACAGUGACCUCAUGGACGGAGAAGGCAUCGAUUUCAACUUUGACCCCAUAAUGCCUGGAGGCCAAGGCUACCCGGGCCCCGCCACCACACAGGGCUCCGCUCACAACUGGGUGCCCAGUUAAUUCUCCAGCUGACCACACGAAGUUAGCCAGGAACUGAUCUCCAAUCACGAUAACCUCACAAAACGACAGAAAACUCACCGGUGCAUCACUCCUCCCUGUUGGAUGAAGACACAAACUUCUGUUGGACUUUAAACGGCAGAACCAGACCUCACCCAUGUCAUGUGCCAACACAUGCAGAGGACGGGGAGGAGAUUCAGGCUACUAUGCACGACUUUUCUCAGUCUUUUGUUUUUUUUUAUAACACUUGGCAACGAUUUGGCUGCUGGCCAUUUUUUUUCUCCUCUUCUUUUAAUCCAAACUGAUCAUUUUUAAAGAUGUGUGACACGGUGUUUCUAGAGUGAAAAGACAAAUCGUCAGCUCCCGUCUGCUGGGAGCCGUUUAUGUUUCAGUUACAGCAGAAUAGCUUUAGGGUGAAUACGGUACCCCGGAUCUGGACGGUGUUGAGGACUUGACGGACUGCAACGUUUUCGGAGAAAUGGCCAGUUUUUCCCGCUGACACUUUGCUCAGCUUGAAUUGCCAGACCAAAUGCUGUUCGAUCGUCUGAACAAGGUACACUCAACUCCUCGAGAGAAAGGAGUGGAGGACUGCGUUAUGAACAGGUGGAAGAUAAAGACUGAACAACUGGAGGCAUAAAAUGUUUGACCCAACACUCGUCUUGCCUGGACUUUAAAUUUAUCAGUUUAGAGCUAAAAAAAAAAAUCUCCAAUUAAAUUUGGAGACUCAACAGUUGAGAGUACUUGCAGUUUGGCAUUUUUGGCUUCAAUCCGGUGUGUUACAGUAGAUGUCAGGUAGAGGGUGUUUUUUUUUUGUCCCUGAUGUGCAGUUAAAACUAACAACAUGAAGAAAGGUGAUUUGUGAAUUUCUACUCGGGGCAUUCAAGGGUAAAUUUAUACGCUAACGAGUGAUCGGUUGGCCAAGUAUUAUAUCGUCCUCGACAGCAAUAUGCCUCCACUCUUAAAUGGUCUACCUGAUUUUUCUUCCUCUUUUUUUUCCCCCUUUCCUGGAGUCUUUGCAUUUUCAAGGCACUUAGGUUUCCUGCGACACAGGGACCCCAAACUAAGAGCGUACAUUCACAUUAGGUUAUGCCAUUUCAGUAAAAGAGAGUUUAUAAUCCCGUAAAAGAAACAUGUAAUGUAUACAUUGCACAUGAUGGCACGCUAUGCAGACGUAUCAGGAGAGCGACAUGAAAUCUUGAAGGAAAUUUUGAAAAAAAAAAAAUCACUUCUUGAAGGGUUUUGCUAUUUAACAUUUCCUGAUAUGUUUUUUGGGGGAAGGGGGCGGGAUUCGGCUGCUUCAAGUUCAGAAUAUGCUCUCACACUUUAAUAAUUCAGUACUAACGUUAAAGAAAUUAAUUCACAGUGUGAGAAGUACAAAAAAAGAGAAUAUAUUUGAUUAUAGUUUUAAUAUACAAUUUAGAUGGAGAUAAUAAAUCAGAUAUUAAUACAUAUGAAUAUAUUACUAAUGACAAGUGAUGUUUUUUUUACAUUGGAGGAAGCAUUCUCAGAUCAUUUUUAAUGGUGAUUUUCUACACUUUUAUUUUUGUAAAGGACGACAUGCAUGUAGAUUUUUUUACAUAACCAAAGGAACACUAAUAUUUGCAUUUGCAUGGCAUUUAGGGAGUGCUUGGGCCUGACACAGUAUCCUUGGUGUACAUACGCUUUGCAGAAGAUGCCUGUAACGUGACGUUGAAAGACGAAUGAGGCAAAUACUUGACAGUUUCUACUAAAAAAAAUCGCAGUCAUCUGCCUCAUGCUUUUUUUCUUCCUUCUUUAAAUCCAAGUAAAAAAAAAAAAAAAAAAAAACCUGCAUCGAAAACGUGGUUUAAAUUUUUUUUUCCAACAUGCCGCCGAUUUCUCAUCUCAAAACGAGACUCAUACAACCGUUACCUCUCAGGGUCACUCGGAAGAAAAGCGACAGGAAGACAGCUCUGCACAGACGUAAUCAGACAACAGCAAAAACGACUUCAUUUUGCACAAUUUCUCUGUUACGGCAGACUGGAAACCAACACUUUGUGUUUUCCUGCAGACGUUUCUGUCUUUAAAAGAGUUGAUCUCAGAUUUGACUUCCCUUUUUUUUUGAAAGAGAGAUGUAUUGUAGCUGUCCAGCCAUGUUUAUCAGUACUAGCUUAUCCCUUGACGUUUCAUUUUGUCUGUUUGUUUUUCACUGCCAAUAUUUAAAAACACUAUAGCAUGUUGUUACUCUGUAGCGAGACUUUAUUUUGUCAUCUCCCUCCUAUUUCUUAAAAUUUUGUGUAUGUUUGUAUUUAAUUUUGUGAUCAGAAUUAACACCUUCCCGCAGUUUAAACUCUUCAUAUUCAUCUUUUCACUGUAGCCGUGUGAAUAUGUUAGCCUGAUUUGUACAAAGCACUCUCCUUUAUGUCCACAUUUUCUUUUUGAAUGGUGCUAGAUGUCAUUUGUGACGUGUCCCGGAGCGACGCCGCGAUGCAGUGGCUGCAUAUCAGGGCCUUUGAAUUCUCUGUAUACGGCACAAGGAUCUUGAUUUGGUGUUAUGGUAGAAAUUAGCACACAAUCAUCAGUCCUUUCCCUCCCCUCUUUGUUUUUUAUGUUUCGAUAUGUAUUAUAAUAACCCCCCGUCCCCCGACCUGAUCGCUUACAUCUGGAAACAAAAAGCUUGUUUAAUCUGUAUGAUUCUUAUUUUCAAUCAUAACAUGUAAUUAUUUUUAGAUAUAUGCAACAACCCCCCUCUGUUUUUCUUCACUGAUGUUGGAAAUGCUGUGAACAGCUGAUGUGAUCGACUGCUUUGCCAGAAUCUGCCUCAUCAGGCUUUCAGUGUCUCUAGUUUACUGUUGCCUCUUUGAAACAGUCAGGUGUGGUGUUAUUUGCUUCUCUUGUAAUCUCCCCUUUAUGUAACGAUCGACAUAAUUUCUUCUUUUAGUAGCAGUUUAGUCCCUCUAUGUUUUUAAAUUUUAAAAUCGCCCCAUUUCAUACAGUAUUUAGUAUUCGGCAAGAGUUGUUCUAUUUUUUUCCCCCACUUGGGAGGGUGGGAACGAUGAGUUGCGCAUAAGCCAAUUAUGUUUAUGAUUUUUAAUAACGUUGGUAGUUUUAUCUCUCUCUUUCUUCUCCCCUCCCUUGCGGUCUUUUCUCUUUCAUCACAUUGUAAAGUCAGCCACAGAUGACAAACAGUUCUCAACAGCAGAAAUCAAUUCAAUAAACUGUUUAACCCA